AUGCUCAAAAAACUAUGGAUUCUUGUAUUUUUGGCUGUUUCCUGCCAAGCAACGUUCCCAUUUUUCAAUCCAAUCACAGAGAGAUUGGUAGAGUAUAAGGAUGCACAAAACACUGUUCAACAAGGAUUCCUGGCUUAUCCGACAUUCACCUCUCCACACAAAAAACGUCCCGCAGUGAUUGUUUUUCACGCCUUCACUGGCCGUACCGAGUUUGACAAUGGAAAGGCUCGUGACUUGGCUAAACUCGGCUACGUGGCAUUCGCUGCAGACACCUAUGGAAAGGGAAAAGCCGCUCCAGAUGUUCCUGGAAACUUUGCGAUAAUGGGACAGUUGUUGGGAAAUCGAACGACGAUUCUUCGCAACAGAAUAAUGAGCUCGUGGAACUAUGUGAAAGCACUUCCAUUUGUGGAUACUAACAGAAUCGGAUCGAUUGGAUUCUGUUUCGGAGGGUUGUGCACUUUGGAUUUGGCCAGAUUUAAUGUGGGACUCAAGGCUGCCGUGUCUUUCCAUGGAACACUCACGGAUUAUCCAGGAAAUGGAACAACGAUCGAUGCCUCUGUCCAAGCUCACCACGGAGACGAAGACCCACACACUACCAAUGCUGAUGCCGAUGCAUUCCUUGUUGAAAUGAGAAGACGCAACGGAGAUUGGGACUUCACUCGAUAUGCACAUGCACUUCAUGCCUUCACCCUCCCCGGAGUUGAAAAUUGGGGAAUUCCAGGAGCGAAAUUCGAUCCAAUUGCAUCUAAUAGAUCCUGGUCAGCUAUGGAAGCGUUCUUGGCGGAGAAAUUGCUUGCCUGCAACUCUUACUACCGUCGUAACAGCAAGCAACUGAUUCCUCAAUGCACCGAUGACAGGUCUCAUAAAAUACUCCAGAAUUCUCGUUAUCAGAAAUGUCUGGAAGCUGGAAUCAGAAAAAAGCUACCUAUAGAUUUCAUGGAGAAUUUGGUGGAACAGGAUCGGAUCAGGAAGGUUAUAUUUGAGAAUUCCUAUGCAAAGAACGGAAAAAGACUCUUGCUCGAAGAUAUCCUAUUCAAAAACUUCAACAGUUACACUCAAAGACUGGGAAAGAUUCGUCUCUCUAACUGGAUCGCCGUCUCCCAACUCACAUCAAUCGACUUUUUGUCGAAUCUAUAUUUCUAUCAACAACUGGUUCCAUCGGAUCAAAUCCAAUUCAUAAAAGCUACCAGAUUUCGCUUCUUUUUCUUAUCACUGGCCAUGAAAUGUUACGAAGAAGGGAAGAGACAAUUGGAAUACCCUGAUGGGUCGGAUAUUUUUCCAAACAACAUUCUGCGCCGUUCUCCAUUCAUUGAAGCGGAACACUUGCAAAAAAUAAGGACUACGCUCAUCGAAAAACUUGCUGAGCUGAAAAUCAAGCAAGAGGAGUUUUUGAUGCUGAUGGUUUUGCUUUCUUGCACUACAGCACUUGCAUUAUCCGAUCACAUAUCAAUCAUUGGUAAAUCCAUUAUUGAAGACGCCAAAACUGAAAUUUCAUCGCUUUUGAUGAAACAUUCCGAACAACAAUACGGAAUAGCUGUACGCAUUCGAUACGUGGAGCUAUUAUCUGUUCAAAGUGUUGUUGACUGGACUCAUAAGAGUAUGGACAAUGUUCAAUGUCUAUAUGCUCUCAAGCGGACUGAUAACAAGAAGUUGGAAGGAUAUUUGUAUAAGUUCGAAUGA